AUGGCCCAGCAGGACGGCAAGCAGGGGCCUCAGACGAUGGCACUCGCAGCCCCCGGGCUGGAGUGCAAGAUCUGCUACAGCCGCUACGACGCCCGCACCCGCAGACCCAAGCUGCUCUGCUGCGGCCACCGCCUCUGCACCAAGUGCCUGCGCAAGAUGGUGGUGCUGGGGGACGCGUCGCCCCGUCAGCUCCGCUGCCCCUUCUGCCGCCAGCACAGCCCCGUGCCCGGUGGGGACGUGCAGCACCUGCAGGAUGAUGGCGAGGUGCUGGCCCUGCUGACAGGCCGUGAGUGGGCCAAGAAGCAGGGUCCCCCCAGGUCCCCUGAGGUCCUCCUCUGCCCCAGCGUGCUGGAGCCUGCGCCCGGGCCCGACUGCCUGGUUGUCACCAUCCUGGAGGUGCCAGAGGACGUGGCCCCGCCGGAGGGCCUGGGCAGGCUGGAGGUGGCCCCCCCCGCCAGCCUGGACGCACUGCCCUGCCAUGGCCCUGGGAAGUGCCGCUCCUGGGGGUGGCGAGCCGUCCCCCGCUUCAUGCUGGGUGUCCUCUGCCUCCUGUACUUCAGCUCCCUGCCCUUCGGCAUCUACCUCCUGCUCAUCGAGCACCACAGCCUGGGCAUCAUCCUGGUCAGCCUUGUGCCCUCCACCCUACUCCUCUGCAUUGUCUACAGCCUCUGCCAGUGUCUGUGCCGGGAGGUCUUCGGGUUCCCCCACUCCUGA